AUGUUUACCGUCUCGCGCUUCUCUCUUCUGCUAUGGUCCCUGCUUCUGCCAUGGGUUGCCGGGGCCGCAGCGCCAUACCAGGCGCUCGCACCUCCGCUCGAUACGCCAUUCACCGAGCAGGCACGGACCAAGCCUUGGCCCGAGUACCCACGCCCGCAGCUCCGUCGAGAUGUCUGGCAAUCCCUGAAUGGCAUCUGGACCUACCAGCCUGCGCAGGGGGGCGGUGAUGCCGGGAACCCGCCUGCGCUGCCUCUGGCUCAGGAGGUCCUCAUUCCGUCCUGCAUCGAGAGCGGAAUUUCAGGCAUCAUGGACACUAGCGGCAUUACCCAUAUGUGGUUUGGUACAAACUUCACAGUCCCAUCCCGCUGGGCAAAAGGUCGUCGGGUCUUGCUCAACUUUGAGGCGGUCGACUACGAGGCCACUGUGUUUGUCAACGGCGCCAAGGUCGGCUUCAACCGCGGCGGCUACUCGCGCUUCAGUCUCGACAUCACCGCCAACCUCGUCGAAGGCAACAAUGAGCUACAUGUCUUUGUCUUCGAUCCGACUGAUGACCAGAGCAUCCCACAAGGAAAGCAGACCAAGCGGCUCUCUCAUAUCUUCUACACUCCCUGCACGGGUAUCUGGCAGACAGUGUGGCUCGAGAGUGUGCCAGAUAACUACGUCGCGGGCCUGGAUGUGGCGGCCGACAUGAACGGAAAAGGCGACUGCUUCUUACUCCCCACUCCAGUUACCGUCAUCGUCCACAGCCGCACGAAGCAGGCUACUCCGGUCCAAGUCUCAGUUGAAGAUGCCGAUGGUGAUAGGGUUGCCCUUCAUCAGCACGCAUCGGAUGAGGAAUUCACCUUCACCAUUCCGUCGCCGAAGCUCUGGUCCCCAGACUCGCCUACGCUGUACAACAUCACCGUGACGAUGGGGUCUGACAAGGUCAAGAGCUACACUGGCUUCCGCACCAUCUCCACAGGAGUGGUCAACGGCAUCAAGCGGCCACUGCUCAACGGCGAGUUCGUCUUCCUGUUUGGCCCUCUUGACCAGGGAUACUGGCCCGACGGUUUGUACACUCCGCCGACUCAUGAAGGGAUGGUCUAUGAUCUCCAACUCAUCAAGAAGCUUGGUAUGAAUAUGGUCCGCAAGCACAUCAAGAUCGAGCCGGAUCUGUUCUACGAAGCCUGCGACCGCCUCGGCCUCAUGGUCAUCCAAGAUAUGCCCUCCAUGCGACAGUACACCAACGCGCGGCCGACGGACGCCGAGCAAGCAGAGUUUGAGCGCCAACUUGAAAUCAUGGUUAACGAGCACAAGAGCUAUCCCAGCAUUGUUACAUGGGUCAUCUACAACGAGGGAUGGGGCCAGAUCACUGACUACUUCCCGGAGUUUGGCAUCACGGACCGCAUCCGCAAGCUGGACCCAACCCGCCUGGUCAACGCGGUCACGGGAUGGUUUGAUCAUGGAGCUGGCGACUUUUCGGACAACCAUCACUACGCCGAUCCCCAAUGCGGCACACCCUUCUACUCACUCGCCUCCUCGCCCUACGAUCCGAACCGUAUCGGAUUCCAAGGCGAGUUCGGCGGGAUCGGCCAUCGCCCGGAGGACGCCAAUCUGUGGCCCGUCCCCGAAGCAGUCAACACGAUCAACCAGACGUACGAGAUCCACGAGGGCCUCGAGUCGUACCACUACCGCGCGCACGUGCUGCUGGAGCUGCUCCGCCAGCAGGUCGAGCGCUACGCCUGCUCGGGCGCCGUCUACACCCAGACCACCGACGUCGAGGGCGAGGUCAACGGGCUCAUGACCUAUGAUCGCCGCUGGGUGCGCGUCGACGUUGAGGCCUGGCAGAGGGAUAUCAAGGCGCUGUUUGAGACCGCGAAGAAGAGGCGCUGA